ACCGCGGCAGGCAGGCAGACACAGCGGAACGACCCUUUGUGCUUCACCGAUUGACGCGCAUCCUUCCGCGGAGGACCGGAGGAAUCACCAUCACAACAUCCAGGGGAACAGGCAGCGUGAAGCACAAUGGGACCGUUCCAGGAAUACGAGGAGAAGAAGUCACCGGAGAAAGGAAGCCCCCGCAGCCGCAUCCCACGCUUGGUCCUCCAUCCCUUCCGACCCAAAGACAAAGGCUCUCCGCUGUCUGAUUCGCCGUUCUCAGAGGAGGAGGGGAAGGAGUGUGACGUCAGCUCCGACCACUCCAAAAGAACCAUCAGCACCAACAGCUUUUGCUCCGAUGACACCGGCUGCCCCACUAGUCAGUCUGUGUCCCCCUCCAAAACCCCGUCAGGCUCAGAGCACAGCCCCCACGGCUCGCCACUGCCCCCCGAACGCAAGACCAAGGUGAAGAGGGUGAGGGUGAUGGCGGAGUGGAACGCUGAGCGAACCACGCCGAGGCACAAGAGGGAGCUGAGGUCUGCCAUGAAACCAAGAGGCAGCGAGGCAGACUUCAGCUCUUCCAGCAGCACAGGCAGCCUGAAGACCCGGGAGAGCCUCGCUUGCAACUCUGCUGGAAAGAAAAGUUCCUCGCGCAGUCGCAGUGCUCACAUCAGGCCCCUACCAGUAUUCAAGCCAGCGGGAAGCCCCACAGCCAACCGCGAUGCAGAGCUGUACGCUCCCUACCGGACCCCUCCCAGAGCCCCCUCAUCAACCAACAGCAGCAGCACCUCCAGCCCCACCUCCAGAAGGGUGAGCCUAGGCCGCUACCAUUCCUGUGGAGACAACCAUGGCAUCAGACCCCCAAACCCUGAGCAGUACCUCACCCCUCUGCAGCAGAAGGAGGUGGCCAUCCGACACCUGAAGACCAAACUGAUGGAGUCCGAGAACAGAGUUCAUGACAGAGAGACUGAGAUUGCAGAGCUGAAGUCCCAGCUGUGCAGGAUGAGGGAGGACUGGAUUGAGGAGGAGUGCCACAGGGUGGAGGCUCAGCUCUCCCUGAAAGAAGCUCGCAAGGAGAUCAAGCAGCUGCGCCAGGUGGUGGAAACUAUGAAGAACAGCCUGAUGGAGAAGGACAAGGGAAUCCAGAAAUACUUCAUUGACAUCAACAUUCAGAACAGGAAGCUGGAGUCUCUACUGCAGAGCAUGGAGCUUGCCCAGAGUGGCUCCAACCUCCAAGACGAACCCACCCUGGACUUCAUCUGUGAUUCCCCUGAUGGCGGAGGGAAGAAGGUGGAAGGGGAGGAAGAGGGAGGAAUGGAGCUGGGGGACCAGGCGGUAGAAGAGAUGGCGGACAGCGGGCUUCUGGUGAAUGAUGAGAUGGCCAACAGAGCAGACAUUUUGGAGCAGGUCUUAAUGUCCACUGCAGUGGAAUUCAAUCAGGACUCUAGCGGCAAGCUGAGGGCAGAGGCCGAUCCUGGGCCCGGGGUGUCAGCAAUGCUGGAAGAUGGUGAGGCGAUGGAAAGAUCUGCGGCACCCUCACCGGCUCCACCAAACACCAUGUCCACCACCGUCACCAUCUCGUCCAUCACACCCCCGCCAACGGAGCAGCUUGACACAGAAGAAAGGGGCAUCCAGACCGACGUGAUGUCCGUGUCUCCAGACCUGCAGGCUCUGUUCCUCCACCUGCUGAAGCUCCAUGGGGCGCCAAUGGGGGAUACAGCUUUCUCCGCUUCCAGCAGUCUCCUGGGACUCCCAACCCCACCCACCCCCACCUCCACAAAUCUAACUGACUCAACGCCUACUCUACCCAGCAUGCCCCCGGAGAGCCCUGACAUCUCCACCGAUUCUGGGAUGUGCUGUUCAGAGCCCACAGAGAGCCGAAGGUUCAUGGAGGAGUUGGACUUUGGCGUCGGCCAGGAGGAGCAGUGUGUGCCGCCUGGAUUGGGCGUUGUUGGCAAGCGUUACUGGAGCAACAGCUUCCUGGUGGAUCUGGUUGCUGUGGCGGCUCCUGUGUUGCCUACGGUGGCCUGGCUGUAUUCGCGGCACGGCGUGGAUGGAAGCGCUCCGGUAUACAACAUCGCUGCUCUCAUCAGGGGCUGCUGCAUUAUGGGAUUGCACUCUCUCCGUCAUGUGACUCGCAGGCCUGACGUGUAAUGGCCUCCAGCCCGCAUGCACAUGCCUAACCUUCAACUAAAGAGCACUUCAGCAUCUUUUCAAAAAAAGUAUUGGUGAGAUUUGUUUAGUUUUUCUACACUUGAUUUUAUCAAUGCAAUUAUUUUGGUUCCCACAGUUACUUUGCACUGUACAGUUGCCACGAGUGGAGGCAAAAUGGUGACACGAAAGGGAUUAUUUAUGAAAGCGAGUAUUUAUGUAUUUAUUUUCUUUACCUUUUUUGUGUAUGUAUAUAUAUGCCGAUCAUCUGGGUAGAUGGUUAUGUGUGUAUCAUCGUCCUGUGUUGUCCCUAGCGGCCAUUGUGGAAAAAGAAGAAAAAAGCAAUUUUGUUUUUCUCAGUGCUAGGAUGUAUGAGAUUUUAGGAGGUGAAAGACUGAAUGUUAGUUUAUGACGGGUUCUGAAAUUUCAGCUGUUCAAUACGUUGUUCAAAAUAACCUUAAACCUUCAGCCAAAGCUUUAAUGUGAAUUCACUGUUAGUGUUUUGUGGAAAAAAAAAAAAAGUAUUUUUUCUCCCUGGGAGUAGAGCUUUUUACGGUACAGCCUGUGUAUUGUUCAUAGAACUAAGUUCACGCUUGAAAGCAGUUGACACUUGUUACGUGCCUGAGCUAUGUGCAAUACUGGUGGUUUACAUCAAAUGUCCUUGUAUCUUUAUUAUUAAAGCAUGAUAACCCCA